AUGGGAUUAACGUGGCGUUUACGUUUAUCAUAUGCAAUUGGACAUGUUUUAAAUGAUUUGUGCGCAUCUGUAUGGUUUACAUAUACUUUGGUAUUUUUUAAAUUUGGCAUUGGUAUACCAACAAGUAUGGCUGGUUUAAUAAUACUCGUUGGCCAAUUGGUUGAUGGUUUGAUGACACCAGUAAUUGGUCUACUUUCGGACAGAUUUGCAUCUCAGUCAUCUGUACCGUUGUUAAUAUCUUCUUCUUCUUCCCACUCUUUGUCAGCAUCAUCAUCAGUUACACAUAAUAAUUUCAAUGAUCGUUUGCAUGAUUCUAAUGAACAUUUAGCCAAUCAUAAUAAAAACUACAUGUCUACAGACUCUUCUGAUGUUAUUCAUUCUACUGGUAAUAAUAAUAAUUCGUCUUUUUUCCAACGAUUCAACUCUGUUCUAAGAAGAUUUCGACCAUUUAGUCGUAAAAUAUGGCAUCUUUGUGGAAGUAUAUUAAUUAUUUUUUCAUUUCCUUUAAUAUUUGGUCCACCACUUGGUUCAUCCAAUAUUAGUACACUGGCGAAAAUGAUUUAUUAUUUACCAUUAGUGGCAAUUUUUCAAGCUGGAUGGGCUGCAGUUCAGAUUACUCACUUGGCAUUAAUCAAUGAAUUAUCUAUGGAAUCUAGUGAACGUACUUUAUUGACUUCCCUACGUUAUUUAUUCACAGUUCUUAGUAAUCUACUUGUUUAUAUUAGUACAUUUCUUCUUUUACAACAUCAACAUCAUGUUGAUAAUAAUAAUAACAUUCGUAAUGAUACUAGUAUUAAGAACUCAAUGAAUGAUAUGUUACCGUUGAGAAAAUUGCUUAAUUACAAUGAAGUUGAAUAUAUUAUGUUACCUAUGGUAAUGACUUCACAUCCAUUAUCGAAAUGUUCAAAUUCCUCACUAUCUUCACCGUCCAUUAUUGAUUUUGGUAAAGAUGAUAUACCAGCUUUUCAAAAAUUAGGUUUUACAAUUAUUGGUGUUGGGGGAUUAACAAUGUUAUUAUUUCAUUUUGGAGUAAGAAAGAAAGAUUUUAUUCACAAUGUAAGACCUAUAACUGUUGUGGAUAAUCCUAAUCAUGAAUCUGUCAGUCAGAUAAAACAUCCUGCUUAUAUAAUUACUACAUGGAAAGAUUGGUUACGUUUACCAUUAUUUUGGAUUCUUGGCUUUUUCUACAUGUUUGUUAGACUAAUUGUCAAUGUAUCACAGGCUUAUUUAACAAUUUACCUUUUACAUUCAUUACGUUUACCUAAAGUUACAAUGGCUUUAGUUCCUUUAACAGUGUACCUGACAAGUAUUGCUACUACUAUGGUACAAAAACCAAUACAGGAUCUUAUCAGUCGUGAAACAAAUUCUGGAAUUGGAUUAAUUUUUGUCACAAUAUUUUGUAUAUUAGUUAAUUAUCCUGGUAAUCCACCAAUAAUUCAUCGUAUAUACAUUGCUGCUGGUAUACUUGGUAUCGGUUGUACUAUUAUAUUAAUUACAUCAUUAGCAAUGGUAUCAGAUUUAAUAGGAAAAUAUCAACAACAUGGUGCAUUUGUUUAUGGUUAUAUGUCAUUUACGGAUAAAUUAGCUAAUGGUAUUGUUAUACAAAUUAUUGAAUUAUUAUGGAAUGAAUGUUCAUCAUUAACAUAUUAUCAAAAUGUUGAAUCCUAUGGUAUUGGUACAUUUGUUCUAUGUCAAUUUAUUUUUUUAUGUUUAUAUAAAUGGCAAAAAAAUGUGUAUAUUACAAAUGGGAAUUCAAUUCAUGAACAUGUAUAA